GCUGGGAGCGAGCGGGACGCUGAGGGAAGAAAAAGAAGUGAGAAGAGGAGCUCCGUUUGCUCGCUGUGCCAGUGCGCAGACAAUUACGCACGCUCGCCACUUUGGAUGCUCCAGCGCGGACUUUUUGUGCCUCUUGUGGAAAUGGAGCCGCAUUCUUGAGUCAGUCUCAAGAAGGCAUUUGUUCUCACUAGUUGAUGAGAGCAGUGAGAGCCGCUCAGGCUCCGUUUCCUGUGUUUGCCAGCGCGUUACAGCUGGGCUGAAGAAGCCCCGCAGGGCUGCCUGAGCACCGGUCCUCCUCCUCCUCCUCCUCCGCCUGAAGCCCCACAGCCAGCCCGCUGCCAAAGUCGGUGGGAGAGAGAAAAAGAUAAUAAUGUGCGACCUGAUGCCAGCCUCUCAGCCCCCGGAGAAAAUGGGCAAAAUGAAAAAGUUGAGGAGAACUUUGUCAGAGAGUUUCCGGAGUAUCGCUUUCAAGAAAGAGGACAGCAGCUUUGAUGAGAUAUGUGUCACAAAGAUGUCCACACGCAGCUGCCAGGGAACAGACUCUGUCAUCAAGCCCCUGGACACCAUCCCUGAAGACAAGAAAGUGAGAGUUCAGCGCACGCAGAGUGGCUUCGACCCGUUUGAGAAGCCCGCCAGUCAGGUGAAAAGGGUCCACUCUGAGAACAAUGCCUGCAUCAACGCCAAGAGCUCAACUGCUGGCAAAGAGUCCCCCAAAUUGCGCCGCCACUCCAGCCCUAGUUCUCCCACCAGCCCCAAAUUUGGAAAGGCAGAUUCCUAUGAAAAGCUGGAGAAACUGGGAGAGGGUUCAUAUGCUACAGUUUACAAAGGAAAGAGCAAGGUGAAUGGAAAACUAGUGGCUUUGAAGUGUAAGGAUCAUGUGUUUGGUGGAUAUCUGGUGCUUGGGGGAGUGAGCUCUGCUUGA